AGAGUUGAAACUGGUGAUGAUGGGCAGCCCGAGAUUGAAGGAGAAACAUGAGGCUCGUGUUGUAGGCGCACUUUGUCGUUUCCCUGCGACAUUUGUGCGCGUGUAACACUCCCGUCGUCGGGAGACAGGACAGGCGAAAUCACUGUUUCCUCCAUUUUGAAGCCGGGUGACGUGGCUACAUGGUGUGUGUUUCCUAUUCUGGAUGUGUGGGUGCCCAGAGAUGGAAAGCUACGAGGAGUUCUGUCUGCGGACUUUGGCCAUACUGCAGGAGGAGGGGAAAUUCAAGAAGACGACAUGUGAGCCACUGUGCACCCUGAAGGCUCUCUCUGUCAUCUGCUUCCAUGGGAGAGCAGUGCUCUCGCCUCUGUUGAGUGCAGAGCAGCGCAAUGAGAUGCGUGACCACAGAUGGAAGGCGGUCCAGCUGGAGGUGGUCAGGCAGAGGCAGCAGAGGAACAACCUUUUGGCGCGGGUUCAGGACAUACUGGACCAAGCUCAGGCAGAUAAAGUACCAAGUGAAGAUGUUGAAAAGCUGCCAGUUUCAAAACCAGCGAUUGUCAGUGGCUACACCCUGGUCACUGACUCUCCUGGACUUCCCAGAGACCCUGGAUUUGGGCUUCAGACAAGUGAUCAGCCUGCUCCUCCGUGCUCUGAGAUCCCUAUCCUCAAUGGCUUCAAGGCAGUAGAAGAAGAGAUGGUGGAAGGGGAAGGGAAGAGUGAGGAGGAAGAGGAGGAGGAGGAGGAUGACAUGAGUUUGGACAGCCUCCUUAAAAGAUCAAGAGAAUAUGUGAAGAGAGAGCAGAGUCAGCAGGGGUCAAAAGUUGUCCAGACAGUCACCAGGACUCCCCCGCCAGAGACUGUCUCUGACAAGGACAACAAGAGCUGCAGUCCCAUGGGGGACACGGGCGUUGAGUUUGGAUUCAGUCUGCACCAUAGCCCUGUUGGCCCCCCUCAGACCCAAAUUCAGCAUCAGACUCUGUACAGUCCCAGUCCCCAGCAGUCUGGCUGCCUCUCACCCAGUCUACCUGACCGGUUUGCUCGUCUCCCCAGUCCAGAGUUUAGCGUCAGUCCCCGUGCACAGAGGCGCAGACCACGCCCAGUUUCUACAGGGAACAUCCACAUUUCGUUUCCCAUCGGCCCAGCAGAUCUUAUCCCUCGAAGCCCAGGAAGGUCAGGGGAAGGUGCUGGCAUGGCAGAUCUGGGAGAAGCUCUCUCAGGGGUCUUGAAGUCCCCCAGUCCUCGGGGCUCUGUGGGGAGUGAAAGUGGUGGUGGUGUUAGCAUGAGUGGCAGUCGUCGAUCCAGCCACUGUGGCACCAGUCCAGUGCAGGAGACCUGUAGCCCUGUUAGUACCUCAGGGCACGGGAAGGGACACCAUGACCAUCUGGCUGCAGGAUUUCGCCGGCGUUGCCACACCUUGGACAGCCAGCUGCAUAGCUACCACUCUGGUGUUGAGCACAUAGACCGCAGCCAGGAACGGGUUCCUCGCUUCAUGGCAGGAGUUACAUGUGUGGCUCCAAGUUGGCGCACCCCUGCAGCCCCCUUAAACCAGUCGUAUGAGGUAGAUAAUCCCUCAACAUCUCUGCUGAGGCCCCGCAUGACUCCUGACCUGGCCCAGGUCACACUCAGGAUGGAGCCUGAUGAGCCUCAGGGGACAAACAAUGUAAGGAUCACACCAACUGUCCUCAGAAAUGCAGCUGAGGCACAGGCCAGCAAGACAGAAGAGACCCAGUGGCGAGCACAGGCACUGGAGGACAUGCAAAGACGUCUGGAGGAGGAGCACGCCUUGCAGAUGUCUCUGCUCCUGGCUGAGCAGGAGAAAGAGCAACAGCGCCUCCGUCUGGAGCUGGAGGAGACAGAGAGAAGACUGAAGGAGCAGGGCUGUGUGCGGCCUUUGAGUGGGGAUGCUUGUGGGUGGAACUGUAUGUCUGUGAGUGACAGCCGUCCUGUUGUGAGCCCGUCCUGCCCGGGACUAAGCCCUGCUCACACACCAUCUGAGCGAUCACCUGGACACAAUAUAGGUUUUCCCAGUCCUGUCUCUUCCAGCGUAUCAUCUCCCUUUGUCCAGCCUCCUGUCUUUCUGUGGGGGCCCACAUGGGCAGUUAGCAAACCCCGAGCGAGGCUAAGUCUGGUUCUGACAGCAGAGCAGCAGAGAGCAUUCUGUCGAAUUGGCGCCAUCAUUCGCGGCUUCCUCACUCGCAGACUGUUGAAAACAGAGAAGGUCAAACACCUGCGGCAGACGGUCACGGAUACGCAGGAUUUCAUCCGUUCAUUCCAGACUGAGGCUCCACAGAAGAGAGGCCCCUGCUCAGCACAAGAUCGAUCCCUGCAGGAGAGAGUUAAAGCUCAGUUACGUGCAGCCCUUUACGACAUCCAUGACAUCUUCUUUGAAAUGCCUCUGAGGGAUCGAUUAGCACUGCUGCAGCAGGACAGGGAGCUCCGAGCAGAGAGGAAGCUACGAGACAUGGAGAAAGCCAAGAACCCCAAGGAGAGGGUGGUUCUGUCUGCCGCCACACAGAGGUCUCUGGACAGGAAAAAGAGGGUUGGUGAAUCCCCAGCACAGGCUAGAAAGAUGCAGCAGAAGCCAAAGAGCCCCACCACCAACAGAGUCCUGAAGCCAAGCCAAGGCCAAAAUUCUCCUGUCCAAGGCCAGCUCAGCCGCCAGGGGAGCUGGUACAGAAAGACGCCAGAGGAGAGAGUGAGGCGCUCUGACAGCCUGAAGAAGCAGCACUCUCUGGGUUAACAGGUGACUCAACAUCCCCUGACCUGCCAACUUGAAUUUUUAGUCUUUGAAUAAAAAACUUGCAACUCCGGUCAGCGCUGCUAAUACGAUUGUCUAAUCUACCUUCUGAAAUUUAAAUGAUUGUAUUCUCUACCACACUUAAGCUCACUGAUACACAUCAUCACAAUGCCUUUGUUUUAGACUGUUGAAGCUUGCUGAAUUUAUUUAGUGGCAACAACUGAUUGUUAUCCACAAAACUUACUUGUAGCUUGAUACUGUGUGUCAACUGCUUAGUGACAAGAUAGGUACAUUUGACAUUUUAAAGAAAAAAACAAGCAUUUGUACUUAAAUACAAGCUAGAAGAAGGUCAGAGUUCAAGUGAAGUGAGUCACCAUUUUUAUCUGUGCCUAAGAGCUAUGCCUUUGCUAUCUGUGACAUUUUAGCAUGCAUAUAUUCAUGUGUUCAUUAACAUCUAGUGCUUAUAGCUGUAAGUGAAUUUACAAACAUCAGUUUCAUGCUGACAGUCACAUAAUGUAGUUUACAUUUUAAAAAAAGUAUUUAAGUGAGUAUAAUUCAUAAAUCAUAAGGUUUUGUUGAAGGGCUUUGAGUACCUGUUUGUGCUGUUUCUUUAUUAAAUGCUGCUGAGUUUACAGUAACCUGAGACAUUUCAGUCUGUUUAACAUUUGGAUUAAAUCAGUGCCACAUUAAAAUAAAUAAAUGUUUACACACGGGCACGCUGUUACACUAACGUAGCUUCAUAUAACAGGAGAUGCACAGCAGACACUCAGUGUGGAGUUUCCUCUGAAUAAAACAAAAUUAUUAAGACCAUUUAAAAUGUAUGCCAGAUUCCCUUAAGUUUUCCCUUAAUGUCCACUGCCCACGUCAAGAAGAAGGGUCAGACUCUGAAUAAAAUAAUAUUUAUUUAUAUCUAUUUAUAUCAUCUAACCUCAUGUUCAGGAACUGGUACACCCACUUGUUCUCUGCGAUUCCACACUGGCUUUAUACGUCUGCGUCAGUAUUAUUCAGUGUGUUGAUGGUGUGUAACAUUGCUGUAUGCUCUCUUUUGAUUUCUUUUUUUUUAAAUGGCAAAUUGUCAUGUUUUCUAUGACCAGAAUAAAUUCUUAAAUUAUUGGAA